UAUAUAUAUAUAUAUAUAUGCGAGUUGUAUUUAAAUAAAAGCAAAAUACCAAAACCACUAACCAAAAUACGCACACACUUACCAAUUCGCACAGAGCCUGGACUUUCAACAUUCAACCAUAAACCAUAACAGCAACAACAAACAAGCGAACAACCAACCUACCCAACCAACCAUAUUUUAAUUAACUGCCUAAGUAAAAGUGCAAAUUAUCCAAAACAAACCAAAAUAAUUCGGGGGCAAAAGUUUAUUUAAACUUUAAUUUUUCGAAAAAAAAAAACAAAACUUUUGCUAUUUUUUAACGCCUCAAACAACGAUAUUCUCUGGUGUAGUCUAGCAAUCAGCACACAAACCCAGCCAGCAUCCAUUUUGGGCCAGCCGUAACGCGUUGUACACAAAUAAUUUUAUUGCCAUCGACGCGAACAUUUACCACUUUGUAAAACCACAACAUCCAACGUGUGCAACACAAUCACCUAUACAAGCAGACAAAACCAAAAAAAAAGGGACACGUGAACUCAUCCAUCCGCCAACAAACGCUGCUGACUCCUCAUCCCUUUUUACAUUCUACACCAACAACAAGUGCAUGUUGAUAGUACAAAACAGCACAGCUUAUAGCAGACCAGACCACUCCAUCCACAUAACAGGUUCUGUGAUUCGGCCUAUACCAGUCAGCCAGCCAGCAGCAGUCAACCCAGCAUCCAACCAAACUCGUCAUUCCGGCAGAAGGAUAUACAUUUAAUCUGUGUGUGGAAAUAUCUGUAGUACAAGGCAUACCUGCCUGGAACGCAUUAACAUACGUGAACAUUAAAGUACUCACUUUGAUUGUGUGCACUGAAAAAUACACACACACACACGCACACGCGGAGAAAGCAUUUAGACACACAUACAGAGAGAGGCACUGCACUGCAAGAGAACAAAGAGUUGUUGUAGUCAGUACUGUAACCUGACCGCAGAACAUCAAAAGCAUUACAAACUAAAUAGGCAACAACAGCAACAACAACAACGGCAGCGACAUUAAAGCAUCGGCAACAGCAUCAUCAACAUCAACAUCGUCAACAGUCGGAUUCCAUUCAUCUACGAAACAAAGCUCACACAAAAGCCAUUGAAGUGAAUUAAAAGCAAGCGAGAGAGAGAGAGAGAGAGAGAGAGAGAGAGCACAAGAGGAGAAAGAACCAAGUGUAGAGAACAUUGAGUAGAUCCAACAACCAAUUCCCCACAUACCUCCUCUACUUGUACUAACGAGCAAAUUAACAUCUCUCUCAGUACGCGCCCACUCCACUGCUGUACACACUUAAAAAACAACAGCCACAAAACAGAAAAGAAGGCCAGCCAAACGAACGCAAAGCAAAAAUGUUGGCAAUGCCCACAUUGAUGAUGCCAGCCACAGCACAAAUGACGCUUAGCAGUCAACCACUAUCAGUUGGGGCUCCACAUGCUAAACCAUAUGAGACGAAAUUAUUGGCCAUACAUCAGACCCACAUAACGGCACAACAGCAGCAGCAGCAACAGCAAUCACAUCAGCAGGCCAGCAACACCAAACAGCAGCAGCAACAACAACAGCAGCAACAAAUGUCUGCAAAUAGCCAACAACAACAGCAACAACAAGCCGCCGUCGCUGUCGCUCAACAACAGGCUGUGCAACAGCAACAACAGGCCGCUGCCGCCCAACAACAUCAACAGCAACAACAACAGGCCGCUGCUGCUGCUGCCGCCGCCGCUUGUAUUGCCCAACAACAGGCAGUAGCUGUGGCCGCAGCCGCUGCCCAACAGCAGCAAUAUCAAAUACAUUCACAACAACAAUCACCGCAGCAGGCAUUGAGUGCUUCACCCAAACAAGAACAAUUUCAUAUUUUCGUUGGCGAUCUAAGUUCAGAAAUCGAAACUCAACAGCUGCGUGAGGCAUUUACGCCAUUUGGUGAAAUAUCCGAUUGUCGUGUGGUACGUGAUCCACAAACCUUGAAAUCAAAGGGCUAUGGCUUUGUGUCGUUUGUCAAAAAAUCGGAAGCCGAAAGUGCCAUCACGGCCAUGAACGGUCAAUGGUUGGGUUCCCGCUCAAUUAGAACCAAUUGGGCUACCAGAAAACCACCGGCGAGUAAAGAAAAUGUUAAACCUUUGACAUUCGAUGAAGUUUACAAUCAAAGUAGUCCUUCAAACUGUACCGUAUACGUGGGUGGUGUAAACAGUUCUCUGACCUCGUUGAGCGAAGAAAUAUUGCAGAAGACAUUCUCACCCUAUGGUUCGAUACAAGAAAUUCGUGUAUUCAAGGACAAAGGUUAUGCAUUUGUAAGAUUCUCAACCAAAGAGGCCGCCACCCAUGCCAUUGUUGGCGUACACAACACUGAAAUCAAUGCCCAGCCUGUGAAAUGUUCGUGGGGCAAGGAGAGCGGUGAUCCCAAUAAUGCCCAAUCCUUGGCCAGUCAGGCUUUGAAUCCAGCUGCCGCUGGUUUUCCUUAUGGCGUUGGUGCAGCCGCUGCUGCAGCAGCUGCCUAUGGCCAACAGUUGGCAGCCACUGGCUGCUGGUAUUCACCUACACCUACGUAUCCCGCUUCAUCGGCCACAGCUGCUGUAACGCCUGCUGCUUCGGCAGCUGUGCAAAAUCAAUUUCUGCAAGGUAUCCAAGGCUAUCAUUUUGGCCAAUAUGGAGGCUAUCAGCAAGGCUAUAUGGGCAUGGGUGUUCAAAUACCAACCACUUGGCAAGGCGUAGCUACACAAGCCCAAAUUUCUCCUGCUCAACAGUUGGCGACGGCGGGCGUUGCCGGUGCCGCCAUACCACAGGCAGCUGGUGUCGUAGCCUACCCCAUACAGCAAUUCCAAGUUAGCCCCCAGUUACCAGAAGAUGAAUGGUUAGCAGCAAAUUUAUUAUGUUAGUUUUACACAGGCAAAAGAAAAAUAAGAAAAUAUUAAAUGCAGUUAUUUAAGACAAACAGUUAAAAAAAAAACAAAACAAGAGCAAAACCCAAACAGAAAUAAACCCAAGAAAAAAAAAACAACAAUUUAAACACAACCAAAUACACACACACACAUAAAAGCAUGGAGAAACCCUAAAUAUAAAGGAAAACAAAAAUUGUUUUAAAGAAACACACACUCAAUCAUACAUACACAAACACAAAAAUGCAAAGGCAAAUAACAACAAGAACAAAAAAGUUAUGAACAUAAAGCAGAAAUUAUAUGAAAUUAAAAAAAAAAAUAAAAAAUUGAAAAAACAUAGUUUAGAAAAUAUUGAAAUAACAAACUUAAACAAGACACCCAUACACACACACACACACAAACAAGCUAGUUGCAAUAAAAAGCAAAAACAACAAAGAAAAUAGGGAAAACUUAAGUAAAUUUUAAACAAUAGUAAACAUGCAUACCAAAUCCAUACACAUUCCUUCACAACAACACACACUCACACACACAGACUCACAGUCACUUGAAUAUAGCCUAGCAAAGACCUAUGUACGAGUAUACCUAUACAAAGAAAUUUCGAAUGUGUUGUAACAGUGCAGUUAAAUAAACGAAAACACAUGCAUACACCCACACUGUCUCUCGCCCACUCACUCACUCACCCAUACAUGUAUUGAUAUAAGUAAUUUAGGAAUUAUUGUAUGAUUAAAAUCUAUAGACACACACACACAUAUAUAUAGAAAUCUAUAUUAAUAUUAUAAAUGUAUGUAUAAAGUUUCAUGGGAAACGAAAAACAACAACAAGAAACAAACAAGCAACAACAAAAAGCAACUAAGUAUGAAAAUUAAUUAAAAAACAAUCAACAUUCCAUCGAAUGAUAUUAAAAAUUGAUAUAAAAUAAUAAUAAUUAUGAUGACGACGAUGAUGAAAAUGACGAUGGCGCGAUGACAAUGGACAAUGCUGGUGGCAUAGUGAUGACAAUGAUGAUAAACCAUACACCCAAAAAAAAUUGAAAAAAAAAACACAACAAGCCUACACCCACACAGGGAUGUUGCUAUGCAAAAUAAGCAGCCAAGGAUAAUAGAGCCCUACAACAGCAGCAGUAACAUCAAAAGGCAGCAACAUCAAAAUCAUUGAUCUCCAAAGCUAACAAACGAAGUGAGUAGCUACAAAAGAAAAAUAAAAUCCGAAAACAGCAAAUCCAAAGUCCUCGUUAAUAUUUAAGAUAGGCAUAUAUGUUUUAUAUAUAUACAUAAAUAAAAAAAAAAAAAACAA